CCUCCCCCUGCUUUCUCUCCCUCUGCACUUUGUGAACUGCUGCGGCGGGUGCUGAAGUCCAAAGUUCAGUAACUUGCUAAGCACACAGAUAAAUAUGAACCUUGGAGAAUUUACAUUGCUCCAAUGUAAACAGAUAGCCAAGGGUCCCUUUAUCAGCACUGGCUCAGGACAGUCGUGGGGGGUCUGAAGUGGCUCAAUUUUGUAUUUUGUUUUUUUUGGGGGGGCGCAAAGGCGGGAGGCUGCGCUGUGCCCACUCUCCUGACAGUCGGGCGUGUUACCUCAGGAACAUGGUGUAGGGAAGCUGGAAGCAGGAUAACCCAAAAGCCAAGAGGCACCAGGCUGAAGACCAUGGUGUCGAAGCUGAGCCAUCUCCAAGUGGAGUUGCUGGGAGCACUGCUGGAGUCGGGGCUGACCAAGGAGACCCUGAUCAAGGCGCUGAGCGAGGUGGAACCCUACGGGCUCCAGAGUGAAAGUCAGCGCGCCAUCAAUGCCCUGCAGACAGAGAAAGGGGAGCCCUGUCCCGACAUCCCCAACCUCCCCAACGGCAUCGGGGAGUCCAGGUUAUCGGAAGAUGAAACCUCCGAUGAUGGGGAGGAAUUUACUCCUCCAAUAAUGAAGGAGCUGGAAAACUUGAGCCCUGAGGAGGCUGCUCACCAGAAGGCUGUGGUGGAAAGACUAUUACAAGAGGAUCCCUGGCGAGUAGCAAAGAUGGUGAAAUCCUACCUCCAGCAGCACAACAUCCCUCAGCGUGAGGUGGUGGACACGACUGGUCUGAACCAGUCCCACCUCUCACAACACCUCAACAAGGGCACUCCCAUGAAGACCCAAAAACGGGCAGCCCUGUACACCUGGUACGUCCGGAAGCAGCGGGAGGUGGCCCAGCAAUUUACACACGCUGGCCAGGGUAUCCUGACAGAGGAGCCCAUGGGAGAUGACCUGCCCACCAAGAAGGGAAGAAGAAACCGUUUCAAGUGGGGUCCUGCCUCCCAACAGAUCCUGUUCCAAGCCUACGAAAGGCAGAAAAACCCCAGCAAAGAGGAGAGGGAGGCCCUGGUGGAAGAGUGCAACAGGGCAGAGUGUAUCCAGAGGGGUGUUUCCCCAUCUCAGGCCCAGGGACUGGGCUCGAACCUGGUGACAGAGGUCAGAGUUUACAACUGGUUUGCCAACCGCAGGAAGGAGGAGGCUUUCCGGCACAAGUUGGCCAUGGACACCUUCAGUGGACCCCAACCCACCUCUGGCCCCCCCCUCACUCCUCACAACUCCUCUUCCCUCCAGCCACCAGCUGCUCUCUCACCCACCAAAGUUCACGGAGUGAGGUACAACCAGCAGCCAGUCAGUGAGGCAGAGUCCUCCAGCAGCAACCCCCACGGGAACAGCUCCAUGGUGACCACCCAAACCAUCCUGCACCAGGUUUCUCCCCCGGGACUGGAGCCCAGCCAGAACCUACUGAGCACAGACACUAAGCUGGUGUCAGCUCCUGGAGGAACCCUCCCCCCUGUCAGCACCCUGACUGCCCUGCACAGCCUGGAGCAGAGCCCACAUGCCCUGAGCCAGCAAACCCAGAACCUGAUCAUGGCAUCCCUGCCGGGCGUCAUGGCCAUCGGGGCGGGCGAGACCCCGUCCCUGGCACCCGCCUUCACCAACACCGGAGCCUCCACCCUGGUCAUUGGCCUGGCCUCAACCCAGCCCCAGAGUGUACCUGUGAUAAACAGCAUGGGGAGCAGCCUCACUACCCUGCAGCCUGUCCAGUUCUCCCAGCAACUGCACCCAUCCUACCAGCAGCCCCUCAUGCAGCAAGUCCAGAGCCACAUCAACCAGAGCCCCUUCAUGGCUACCAUGGCCCAGAUACAGAACCCUCACGCUCUCUACGGCCCCAAGUCUGAAGUGGCCCAGUACACACACACAGGCCUCUUACCACAAACCAUGGUGAUAACAGACACAGCCAACCUCAGCGCCCUGACCAACCUGACACCAACUAAACAGGCAUUCACCCCUGACUCAGAGACUCACACCGAGUCUGGGAUGCACACACCAGUGUCACAGGCACCAACAAUCCACCUCCAGAACCAGGACACCACCAUCCAGCACCUUCAGCCAGGCCCACGUCUCUCCUCGAGCCCUGCGGUGUCCUCCAGCAGCCUGGUGCUGUACCAGAGCUCUGACCCCACCAACAGCCACAGCCAGCUUCUGCCAUCCACCCACAACGUCAUCGAGACCUUCAUCUCCACACAGAUGGCCUCCUCCACCCAGUGAUCACCACAGCUGCCCCCAGGGUGACUCAGGUGCAACUCCAACCGUGUUUGCCAUCACUGUCACCUCUGUCACCACGGGAAGGAAGGGCUGCUGCGCUGAGCCAGCCCCCACUGCCUCACACAGACCCCUGCUCAGCUGCCUCCAGGAGAGAAAAUGUCUCAGGCUCCAGACAGAAGCCACGGGAAGAUGAUGCUCGCACUGCUAAAAUCCACUGCCCCCCCCAGAAACAGCAAACCCAAACCCCACAGGCCACCACAGAAUGACCAGACAGCCUUUUGUGGCUGCCCAAGAGGGAAUCCCACCAAGCCAGGUACCUGACUGAAAUAUGGCAGCAGUGCCAGGGCCUGGAUGGGGCUUUCAUUCAGCUCAGCUUUCAUCAAGCUGGGCCUGUACAAACCUGCCAACACCAGACUACGCCAUGAAGGAAAGAGCAAAGCUGAGCUGCCAAAGAAGGGACACCAUCUUUAAAACACUGUCCUCCUGUGCUGAAGGAGCACCAAUAAUAACAAUAACAGCACCUUGGAGGCAAGAGAGAGAACUUGGUUCCUGACUUUGCAAAGAAAAUCACCAAGAAACACAUUUGGGAAUGGCUUGGCACAAACCCAUCAGCGUGGGAUCACUGACUACAAGCUACAAAUCCUUAAUUAACAACCAAAGUACCAAACAUUCUCAGUUACAAAUGACCUGCUCUAAAAUCAUGCUAUCCCAGUGGAAAUGGCUUGGUUAUUUUUGAUAUAGCUCUGCUUUGUUUUAAAUGCAGAAAUUAAAGUUUAACAGCAGCAAGGAGAUUCCAGCUCUCUGCAUUAACCCUGUGGAUUCUUAUCUCAUGUGACUUGCUGAAUGAUCUGGAGGAUGGCAUUCCCCACUGGUCCCUGCACAACACCUGGGAGGUUCUCAAGCUCCACAGAGAGUAGAGGUUCCUUCAUCUUUCUCUAUAAACAUGUCAGCUUGGAUUCAUUUUACAGAACGUGGCUCAUUCUUGGCUUCCCUGUAGGCUCGAUUCUGUAGCUCUUGAUAUGCAAAUAAUCACCCCGGGGUCUAAGAGUCUUGCCUGCACUAAGUGUAGGUUUUUAGUCCCAAGGACCUACUCAUAUAAUUCCUCUUCUAAUUAUCCCUCUCUAUUUACUCUCAACAUUCACAUCACUGAUAUGUCAUUAGCCAGACAUGAAGAAAGCCCCAGUUAACAGGUUUUUGUGACUGAAACUGAGCUACUCUUUCUACUGUGAAAUGGAUAAAAAACUAGAACAUGCUCAAGACUCUUAAAAGGUUAAGAUAAAAGAGAAAAUUAAAAAAGGAAAAGGCCAACAAUGAACUUUUCAGUUAUACCUGGAAAUUACAAAAUUGCAGAUGUCCAUUACAGGUUUCAUUGAUAGGAGCUUCCUCUAGACACCACCAACAAUUUCAGGCACUAGAUUCUCUGAGGAGUUUUAUCCUAGAAUUGUUUCCUAAUUUCCCAUGUGCAUCAAUUGCAAAUAUAUACAUAACUUCCAACUAGCACAAAAAUAAUCUUAAAUCAAAUCAAAAGGUAAUGUUUAGACCACUAUGCAUUUGAAAGCCCAGCCCCAAGCUGCAGUGCACUGCAGUUUUAACUGCUCCAUAAGACAAGUAACUUGUGCUGACACAUUCAGUUAGAUUACAAGCCAAUUUUCUACUUAGCUUUUCCAUUUUUGGAUGCCAACUGUGUUUUCUUGACUGAAAACCAGCAAGGAUCUUACAGCAGGUUUCCCAUGCUCAAAGAGCAACAGUUCACUCUUUUGGUUCCUGUAAUCUGGCUUUCUGGCCUCCUGAUUAGGGCAAAUAAGUUGGAUCUACUGAAACCCAACAAUCUUAAAAGAGAAGAAGAAUAUUUAUUAGUAACAGGUAAUUUCCUGAAAGACGGGAACUGAAGCAUAAACAGACUAAGAGUCAUACCAAAAACCACCAAACCUCACAGUAUUUCAGAGACAAAAGUCAUAA